UACCUUGGAAACUUAGACGUGACCCAAGCAGGCGAGCCUGCCGCGCGCUAGGGGAUUGCGGGGCGCGCUUCGGCUGGGAACCGGGGGGACUCGGAGCUCGGAGCUGCGGGGGACACGUUGGGUGACCUCAAGGUUGGAUGCAAGCCUUGCAUAAGAGCCUUCACUGCAUCUCCCUGCUACAGGCUAGAUGAAUUUCCUGCCCUAUGUGCUCCUGUAGCACCUGUGCACACCUGGAUCAGGAUAUUCAUUACACUGGAUUUGGUCCUUGGCAUUUGUGGUUUUGAAAACUUGGCCUGUGUUCCCUUCAGAGACUCAUGCAAAGUGCUUCAUCAUGUGAAGGACCCUGCUGUUUGAUUUAACUCUACUGUUUUUCAUUUACAUUACACUCUAAGAAAGUCAUGAGCAAAAACUGUCACUCUCUGAGGGUAGAAAUUGCUAUGCUUCACAAAGACAAGAAGUAAUUUUCCUGUAAUCACAAGAUGACUCAGGAUGGACCAUGAAGCCGCCCAGCUGGAGCAGCAGCAUGUGCAUGAUGUGUAUGAGAGCACCGCACCAUACUUCAGCGACCUGCAGAGCAAAGCAUGGCCUCGCGUCCGCCAGUUCCUCCAGGAGCAGAAGCCGGGCAGCCUCAUUGCUGACAUAGGUUGUGGGACUGGAAAGUAUCUUAAAGUGAACAGCCAGGUGUAUACCCUGGGCUGUGACUACUGUGGGCCAUUGGUAGAGAUUGCCCGGAGUAGAGGAUGUGAAGUCAUGGUAUGUGACAACCUUAAUCUCCCCUUUAGGGAUCAGGGCUUCGAUGCCAUCAUCUCCAUAGGAGUCAUACAUCAUUUUUCUACAAAACAGAGAAGAAUCAGAGCAAUUAAAGAAAUGGCCAGGGUCUUAGUUCCUGGAGGCCAGCUAAUGAUUUACGUGUGGGCCAUGGAACAAAAGAACCGACAUUUUGAGAAACAAGAUGUGCUCGUUCCAUGGAACAGGGCUUUAUGCUCCCAGCUUUUCUCAGACUCCAGCCAGCCUGGGAGAAAGCAGCAGUGUGGACAUCCAGAAAGAAGCCAUUCCUACCACCCUCCUUGCUCCAUCUGUAGCUGUUCUGUUUGUUUUAAAGAGCAGUGUCCUUCAAAACGGUCCCACAGCAUGGACUAUGAACCACUGAUGGCUGGAAACUGUUGUGCAGAUGUUUCUAAGGAAGGGGAGGAAGAAAAUGGAUUCUAUAACACCUUAGGAAAAUCUUUUCGUUCCUGGUUUUUCUCUAGGUCUUUGGAUGAAUCAACUCUGAGGAAGCAGAUUGAAAGAGCAAGACCUUUGAAAAAUACAGAAGGUUGGGCCAAUAGCACAAUAUCCAUCCAGCCUUCCAGACACUCCAGCCUAGACUUAGAUCAUCAAGAGCCAUUUUCAAUAAGAGAACAAAAUUUAGACGAAGAUGUGUUUGUGGAGACUUCUCAGAAACCACUGGAGUGGCCAAGAGCAUCAGCCGCAGUGAAACAUCUACAUGGAGACCAACAAGGAGAAGUUAGGAGAAAUGGAGAUGGGAAUUUUCUGGAAGGCGCCCAUCCCAGUGACAAUUGUGUGAAUGCCGGUAAUGUGGAAGAUGGGAACCCUUCUGCUAGUAAAAUACUGAAAAGGAUUUCUGCACUCAACUCCACAGAUUCCAACCCAGAUGAGACAAUUUCUGUCAAAGAACAACAGCCCAACGUUUUGGAUUCCAGAGCCUUUAUGCGCUACUACCAUGUGUUUCGAGAAGGUGAGCUCUAUGGCCUGCUGAAGGAGCACGUGGCAGAGCUGCAUGUUCUGAGCUCUGGGAAUGAUCAUGGCAACUGGUGUAUCAUUGCUGAAAAAAAGGACAAUUGGGACUGAGUGGAUCAUUUUAGACAAUUCCUCCAAAAGGUGAACCAUGUUCUUUCUUUACUAAGUUUGGUAUGGUUACCUGGAUUUGCAUACAAUUUUACUAUUUUUAAUCCAUUUAUGCUUGGUUCAUGGAGAUGAUGAAUUAAUCAUCUUUUAAACCUUCAGACGAACAUAGAGCCUGUAAAUGUAAAACAAAUGUAAAACAUUUGACAAAGGAUGUUCAUAAGUUAUCUAUAGAGAACUGAAGAAGCAAUAGGAAAUGAACUUCAGUAUGGUUGGGAUCUUUUCUUCCCUGAAAGGUGAAAUUAUUUUGAGGACACACGUAUAUCAUUUUUCAGUAUUACAGGCAGAUUUUAAUAGAU